UUAAAACCGCUUCCGCUUCCGCUUUCCACCGAACCACCGAAGAGACUGCACUCUUCAGUUGCCACCGGGCGCCGGCCAACUUUCCGAAACCUCGUUGCCGGCGGCGAGGCGGCCGGCCAUGGCCUACCUCCCGCCGCACAAGCGGCACUCCAGCGCCUCCACGCCCACCCCUCCCUCCCUCUCCUCCUCCCUCCGCUCACUCUCCCUUUCCUCCCCUCGCGGCGGCGGCCGCCGCCACCACCACCGCGGCGCCGCCACCGCACGCCAGCCCCGCCCGUUCAACAAGAUCAUCCACGCCGCCGGCUGCGUCUCCCGCUGGUCCCCGCUCCCGCCCUUCCCCGACGACCCCGGGGACGACGACGGGUCCCUCCGCCUCGAGCCCUUCCUCUGCGACCCCAUCGAGCGCAAGACCGGUGCCAAGCCCCUCGCCCUCGUCUCCUCCUCCUCCUCCUCCUCCGCCGAAGCCUCCCCCUGCUCCGCAGAGGCCGCGGCGUCCGCCAUCGCCGAGAGGUUCGUGCCGGACCUCCUCGCCGCGGCGGAGAGGGCCAAGGCGGGCGAUGUGGCUAAGGAGACGGAGGAGGUGAAGCUGAGCGCCGUGGCCAAGGUGGGGAAGGUGCUCUUCCAGUCGGGCGGCGGAUCACCCAUCUCCAUGAACUCGCUCCGCGAAGCCGUGAGAGCAGGAGAAGAGGAGGGAUCGAGGAGCCAUCUCCAUAAAUCAUUCUAUACCAAUGUGUCCAGUGAGUGCUUGGAUGGAAUGGAGCGAUCCGCUACAGAGAAGAUGGGGCUGGAGUUUGAUUCCUCCAAAGAGCACUACCAUGUGAAGGUCUUUGACAAGCGUCAAAGUGAUAUUACGAUAUCCUGCAAAUGCACCGUGCAAGAAGAUGGGAAGCUUGCAAUCCAUAAGGUUGAGUUAAACCAGGUAAGGCACUUAGUGGAAGAUAUAUCCUGUCUGUUCAAGGAUCUCGACCUGAGGCUGAUGUUGUCUACCAAAAGAUUCCCUAAAAACUUAGAUGCUGAAGUGGAAAAUGCAAUAAAUUGCUUGGUAUCUUCUGCUGUUAUUGAUCCUGAUGUCAAAGGAGGACUUAGAUGGCCACUUGGAAAAGAAUCGGUUGAUGAGAGGUUCAGCAUAGUUGGAGUGUGGCAUACAAACUAUAAAGCUUACAGAAAUGAGAACUUAAGGCUCAAGCUAAGGCAUGCUGAUCGGUUUGACCACCAAAGCUCAACAGGAGAAGUUUCUAAUGAAGUUACCUUUAAACUAAUUGGCAUAUCUGCGAAGCUGGAGGCUGGUCAUCAGGAGAGCUCUGUGGAGGAGAUGCUGGAAUCUGCAGUACGAAGGAUCUGGGAAAGCGCUUUGAGCCACAAGAUGGCGCCCUGAACACGGUUAUGCUGUUUUGUACUGACAAGCAGAUAUUGCUACAAGAGUUUCCUGGCGAUGUUACUGUCUGACUAGAGUCUACACUGGAGCCAACUAGUGUUUGUCUCAGUCCCGUCCUGUGCAGUUUCAGUUGCUACCGUCUCUACAAUCUACUGUAGAAGUGUAGAGUCAAUGUGUUAUAUCAUACUGGCAGUGGUCUAUGGACCUGGAUGGCACGGUAUGGGAGGUUUCAACUUUCUUCCUUGGCGUUGCAACUUCUUUGGGACCCAUUAGUUGGAACGAACGAGUCACCAAGUGAGACUGUAAAUUCAAGUGAAGUUGAAGUGGCUGGGCAAUUAUGCAUGCCUCAUAUUAAGCGAGAAUGGCAUAUAUGUAUAUAUUGUUAAGCUCUUUCAAAUAGGGUUAUGUUAUGAAACAACACGUCUCGAUUAAGUCGAGUAAUACCCCGUUGUCCCACAAUAUUUAUCAACUAUUUGCUGGCGCUUGUUUUGA